AUUUUAAUGAAUUGUGAUCAAUGAUUUUUGUGUAAAUCAACAAAGCAAUUGUGCUUGAUUGGAGUUUCAAAUAUUGUAUGGGUGAGGGACGGCGGCUGGUGCGGACGGAAGGCAUCCACGAUGACGGGGAAGACUACACCGCCUUCAUGUUUCAGGUCCGGGAGGCAGGAAAGGAAGCCAGCAACGUAUAUGACCUCAGCUGCCGACUUGCGGACAUUAUGUGCAGCUCACUGUGUGUAACGGUGUUUGUUGGCGUUUCCAUGGCAAUACCUCUGACAAUGUUCUCAAUAGGUGUGAAAUACUGGGAAGACUGUCCAAAGGAUGAACGGGUGCCUGUCUAUCUAAUUGUUGGGGGUUGUUGCGGGCUUGUCAAGCUAAUAGCAACCCUCUGGUGGAAUAUACAAACACGGCGUCAUCGCCGCCUUAUAGACGAACCAGACGUGGAGGGGGCCUUUACUAACCAAACAUUCCGAACAAUGGACACCCUAUUAUUGUUGUUUCUCAUUGGUUGGCAGGUGGCUGGAACGAUUUGGACGUUCAAUAUUUGGCGACCUCGCUUUGAGCCACUCUUACACGAGCCUAGUAACUGGUGUGAUAGAACCGUGUACAUGUUCGCAGUUUACCAGUUGAGUUCCACUUAUGCUGCUACUUUUGUGUUCAUGUUUCUACUUGUUUGUAUGGGUGAAGGACGGCGGCUGAUGCGGACGGAAGGCAUUCAUGAUGACGGGAAGGUCUACACCACCUUCAUGUUUCAGGUCCGGGAGGCUGGAAAGGAGGCCUGUAACGUCUUUCACCUCAGCUGCCAACUUGCGAAUAUCAUGUGCAGCUCACGAAAGGCAAUAUUAUCGUGUUGA